AGAUUACGUGUACGUAAGCUCGUAUAUAGACUUUCGAAGGGUCGAGAAAGACAAACCGACAUUCGCCCUCUUUUUCGAAUCCCCGAAACUGUCCGAAGCGCCGGAGCUCACAUAUACGUGACUGUGCAUUAGUGUGCGUAAGUGGAGGGGCAGUUCCUUUGAGAAUCGGCUGCUGUCUGGUAACACUGAAUAUACACAGUAUAAAACAGUCAUUUUUAUAUUUGCUUUCCGAUAGUGACUAACUAAGAAUAAAUUUGUAUAUCCCUGUUUCAAUUCACCCCUCGUGUAGUCGAAUAUACGUUUAAUAUUAACGUAAUUUAACACUUACGUUAUUGUAUUCCGUGUAUUUUUAUUACAGUUUAUAUUUACAAAGCUAUUAAGUAAUGUAUAUUUGUGUAAAACAGUAGUUGAUUGGUAUACUUUCGUUAUAACAAAUGUGUUAAGUAUACGCGCGCAAUUUUACUUGUAUGUGAAAAUUAUUUUAAUGUAUAAUUAGUAAUUAAGAUUAUGGCGUCAGGUUUGGAAAGUUACGUGAAUCAUACUGUUUCGAUUAUCACAUCUGAUGGCAGAAACUUUAUCGGUACAUUAAAAGGUUUUGAUCAAACCAUUAAUAUAAUAUUGGAUGAAUCACACGAACGAGUAUAUAGUACAACACAAGGUGUAGAACAAGUUGUAUUAGGUUUACACAUCAUCAGAGGUGACAAUGUGGCAAUUGUAGGAGAAUUGGAUGACGAGAUGGAUGCACGUUUGGAUCUGUCGGGUAUAAGAGCUGAUCCUCUAAGUUCAAUUGUACAUUAAUGAAAUAUGGUUAUAAUUAUAAUUAUUAUGAUAUAAAAAUAAUAAUGAUAAUUUAAUAAGAAUCUGUAACAGUGAAGUAUAGUUGAUUGAAAGUACUUCUAAUAUAGGUUAUUUAUAUAUUGUAUAAAACUUGUUUUUAUAUCCAUAUUUGGAGUACUUAUAUUUUAAA